AUGCUUUUGGUGUCACAGUGUAUGUUACAGAUGUCCCUCACAUGUCCCCGUAAGAAGUCUUCAGAUGCCACCGACGAAGGAAUUCUUGUUGCAGAGCUCGGUGGUAUGUUGCAGGCCCAAGAAAAGCCCCAGGACAAACGUGAAGGUCAAGAACAAGCCCUCCAGGACAAUAUUACAGCCCUAGGACAAGCCCCAGUACAAAACACCAAGUUCAUGAAUAGAUCCAGGACACAUAGAGGCCUAAGACAAGCCCCAGGACAAUAUUUUAACCCUAGGACAACCUCCAGGACAAACAAUGAGGCCCAGGACAAUAACAUAGUGCCCCUCAAUAAGGUCUUAUACGACUCUGGGGUCUUAUGGAUCACCAGGUCUUAUAUACGACCGAGUCUUACAUACGACUCUGGGGUCUUAUGGAUCACCAGGUCUUAUAUACGACUCUGGGGUCUUAUGAAUCACCAGGUCUUACAUACGACUCUGGGGUCUUAUGGAUCACCAGGUCUUAUAUACGACUGCGACACAAUGCGGCACACGGCGGCACACGGCGGCAUACGGCGGCACACGGCGACACACGGCGGCACACGGCGACACACGGCGGCACAAGGUGGAGGCAGCAGUACUCUGGGCAGUGACAGCACCAUCAGUAGCAUCACCAACAGCAGUAGCAGCAACAGUAACAGUAGCAGUAGUAGUAGUAAUAAUAAUAGUAGUAGUAAUAGUAGUAGUAGUAGUACCAGAAUUCCCCCCGGAUCGCCGUCGCCUCCUCGAAGGGUAAUUAAGUUGGAGGAAAAUGAGGAAAAACGGCUACUGGACGCACUCAUGGUGGGGUAUGACCGCGAUGUCCGUCCCGUCAGGAAUGCCUCUCAUCCAAUCGUCAUCCAAUUGGGCAUCACCCUUACCCAGAUCUUUGAUAUGGAUGAGAAAAAUCAGGUGUUGACAACGAACGUGUGGCUUGAUCAGGAGUGGGUGGACGAGCUGCUCAGAUGGGACAAGAACGAAUACAACGGUCUAGAAACUAUCCGGCUCCCCUGCGAGAAGAUCUGGCUGCCGGAUAUUGUUCUUUAUAACAACGCUGACGACUACACGAGGGGGUACAUGCAAAGUAAAGCCAUGGUAGGAUACGAGGGGAAGGUGUUCUGGCCCCCACCUACGAAGUUCCGCUCUACCUGCCCUGUUGACGUCACCUACUUCCCCUUCGAUGACCAGACCUGUAUCCUCAAACUCGGCUCUUGGAUAUACGACGGUUUCCAGGUGGACGUGACCAAUAGGACAGCAGAGGUAGACCUGACCAAUUAUAUUCCCAAUGGAGAGUGGGAGCUCCUGGAGGCGAGGAUCAUCAGAAACGUUAUCUACUACUCCUGCUGCCCUGAGCCCUUCCCUGACGUCACUAUCACCAUCACUAUUAGACGCAAGACGCUCUAUUACAUGUACAACGUGGUCCUCCCCUGCAUGAUGAUGUCGGUGUUGACGCUGCUGGUGUUCUGUCUCCCGCCGGAUUCAGGAGAGAAAAUCGCCCUCGGUGUCACGGUCCUGCUCGCCUUCAGCGUCUUUAUGCUCGCCAUCGCUGAAAAGAUGCCCGAGACCUCUGAAUCCAUCCCGCUGAUUGGAUCAUAA